AUGUCUGCCGACGACCUUGCCCUGCUCCUUGUGGCCGACGAACUCUUAGAGGAGAUCGAAGAAGAUGAUCUUGAGGAGGAAGAGGAGGAUAAUGCUCUCCUCUCUGCAUUUGUACUCGAGGGGCUGGAGGAGACACGGAGAGCACGCAAUGAAGCCCGCCGCCGACGCUACUUGGUACGCCGUGAGCUGCUGCCUAAUCCAAAGGGGGACACACCUUGGCAGGUGUUGUAUGCGUCGCGCAGCGACAGAGCGUUCAUCACGACCAUGGGCCUGGAUGUGGCGACCUUCAACUUCGUCCUGGGUGGCGGUUUUGAAGCCCGCUGGCAGGAGCGUACUAUUGAAUGUGUUGAUGUUCAACCGUCGAACACUCGGCCUCGACCCCUGCGGCGCUCGCUCGAUGCAGCUGGUGCACUCGGGCUCAUCCUUCAUUGGCUCACAUCAAGCAUGCGCGAGACGAGCCUGCAAGAGAUAUUUGCCCUCACCCCUGCCACUGCAAACCGUUAUCUGCAAACAACCAUCGAGAUCCUCCACGGCACUCUUCUCGAUCUCCCGGAUGCUCGCAUCGCAUGGCCGACAAGUGUCGCCGAAUUCCAGGAGUACUCCGACAUCAUUUCAGCAAUGCACCCUCUGCUGGUCGGGGCGUUUGGGACCGUCGAUGGCCUGAACCUGCCUGUGCAAGUGUCAGCAGAUGAAGAGAUUGAGAAUGCGACCUAUAAUGGUUGGCUUCACGAUCACUUCGUGAGUAACAUCCUGACCUCAGUCUGCCCCAAAGGGACCCUACUCUAUGCCAUUCUUAAUGCUCCAGGAAGCUGGCAUGAUUCCCACGUCGCACGGGAUCUCUACGACUUGCUGGUGAACAACACUCCUCCUGGCUUUUACCUCGUCGCCGACACUGCAUUCCCCCGAUCGACUGCGGCGAUCAGCCAGCGGAUUCACACCCCCCUCAAGUCCACAGACGUGCUCCCUUCUGAUCCCCGGGAGCGCAGGCGGAUGGCAGAUGUGAGCCGUCAGCUACUGUCUUGUCGCCAGUCAGUGGAGUGGGGCAUGCGGGACAUCCAGGGUUCUUUUGGACGCCUACGAGUACCACUUCCAAUUAACAAGGCCCCUUUACGCCUGGAGAUUUUGACCAUUGUAGUUCGCAUGCACCAGCUCCGGGUCCGUCGUGUGGGGAUCAGCGAAAUACGGAAUGUGUAUGUGCCAAUCUGGCGGGAGGGGGAUGACCUUUUGGAGCUCUGGUUUAACUGGGAGCGGAUGCUUUUCUCUGACAUACGGAAGAGGGACAGGGUUGCUAGAUUCCACCAUGUAACAGAGAGUUGA